AUGUCAUGUUUACGCAUCCUUCUCCUGGUACCGCUGUUCCUCUGCUCGGGAAUCUCAGGCUCAUUGGCGUCAUCAGCUGGAUGCAGCUGCGGUGACAGGACCCACGAUUUCUCCUCCUUCAGCAGUGGCUCUGCUGAUGAGUUGGUACUCAUCAAGGACGCCGAGAUCAGUAAUGGUGUCCUCCAUCUCACUGCAGACGACUCGAGGAAUCGCAACAGGUCCGGUGCCGCGCUCCUGCCAGCUCCGGUCAUCCUCUGGUGCCAAGACCCCGAGGACGUGAAGCAAAACGCAUCCUUUAAAGCCUCCUUCACCAUGGGCAUCAUGGAAAGGAGAGGAGAUGGCGGCCUCGCGUUCGUCUUGGUUCCCUCCCUCAACAGCCCCCCACUUGACAUCCUGGGCCUCGGCAACAACCCUUCUUCCAAGGCUACCUCUUCCUCCACUAGCAGCGGCUUCGUCACCUUCACGUUCGACACGGUGAAGCAGUCCUAUGACCCUGACGGCAACCGCUCCAUCAUCAGCAUCAACGCUGGUGUCUCCGUCUCCGACGACGUUGUUGCGCGUUCGUCUCUGAAUAUCACCGUCCCAACUAAUCUGCAGGCCGCUACAAAAAACUUCACCGUGUGGAUCGAGUAUAACAAUGGUGCCGGACGACAUGACCGUGCCGUAUCAAUAUAUAUGAAUGUCCAAGGGCAGGCGAAACCGGACAAAGCCGCCAUUGAUGUGGCCCUCAACCUUAGUGACCACCUCCCGCAGAGAGCCUUUGUUGGUUUAUUGGCUUGGACAGACGUGAGCUCCGAGCUCCAAUCCGUCCUGAGCUGGAACCUGCAAGUUACUCUCCCUGGCGACGGCCCAAGCAUGGAUUGGAGGGUGAUACUACCGGCAGUUUUGGGUGGGAUUGCCUUCACUGGAAUCAUGAAUCUUUUCGUUGCCGUCUUCUACUUCAACUCCAAGUACAAUAAGCUCAAGAUGGAGCUGAACACAAGUUUCACUUUGCUACUUGAAGCUGAACUUAUGGACUUCUUUGUUACCAUCACAAUUCACAUCAAAAGGUUUGACGACUAUCUAGGGAUGACCAAGCCUAACAUAGAAAACAAUAUGACAAGAAAUAGUACCAAGCUGCUCACUGACUGGGUCUGGAGGCUUCACCGGGAAGGAAGACUGCUAGAAGCAGUCGACAAAAAUGUCAUCUCCACGGAAGGGUAUGAUGCGGAUGGCGUCACCCGGUUGCUGAUCUUAGGGUUAGCAUGCACCAACCCCAACCCGUUGGAUCGUCCUAGCAUGACCGAGGUGAUGCAGGUCGUCGCCAAGUCGGUGCCAGCGCCCAACGUGCCACUUGAAAAGCCAACGUUUGUGUGGCCACCGGAAGAAGGGAUCCUUCACAGCAGCUUCGAUGACAUCACAGAGAUGAGUGAUCUGCAUGAGAGUCAUUUGGAGGAGACAUCAAGCAGUGAUGCGCUGGCUGCAAGCGCCAUCAUCAGGCGCAAGGCACGGGCUCAGUCGGUUGAGUUGUACUGCCUGUGA